AUGGGGAGCAAGCUCUCCAGUGGAUUAAUUCCCAACUGGAGGUCAGAGCGUGACAAUGACCUGAGGACAUCUGCUACCUCCGCAGUUUGCCGAUCCCAAUGGCCCUCCCCUGGGAGACUCACUGCUCUGACUCCCCAGUGGCUACAGGGGGCCCAGAGCGCCUCAGUGCUGUUUGCUGGUUCUCCUCCUCCCUUCACCCUUUCCUUUCUCUCAACAGCAUCUGCAGUGCUGGGAGCGGAUGUGACCCUGAAGCCCGGUGCCUCCGUCACUCCUUUCACGGCACAGCCCUUUCCCCCGCCCACUACGGGCCCCGCACACCGGCCACCUUGGGAGCAGCACUUGCCGCCCCUCAGGACCCCGUCAUUCCCUCCUGGCUGCCCCCUGGUGCUGCCCGCUUUGCCCAGGACACCUCUGGUGGCAGGAGAUGCCGUUCAAGGCCCCACUGGGCCUGGGGCUUGUAACAUCAUGGACCAGGUCAGGUCAGAAGGGGGACAACCACAGCCCUCCCAUACUCAGACCAUUGUCCUGACUCAGGCCCCCCUCAACGGGAGUGCUCCAGGUGCCAUCUGUGGGGGUGCUGUGUGUCCUGCACCUCUCUUCUUGGAAGCCACUGCGGUGGAGACGAUUAUGCCCGCCUCGGCUUUUGGGGGCACCCAGGCCGGCAAUGGAGGCUGGUGUCCCGGCCUUCCUCCUCAAGCUCCACCACCAGCUGCCCAGCUGGCCCCCAUCGUCCCCCGAGUGGACCCUGGACCACGGCCACACGGGGCUUCCAGGGAGGGUGGCCUGGCUGCCUCCAAGUCCAAGGCCUGGUUGGAUGACGCCUGUAACCCCAAGAGUGUGUAUGAGGACUUCCGUCGUUGGCAGUGCUUCAAGGCCCUGGCCCGGGGGCACCUUCCCCAGAGUCCUGAUGCGGGAGCUCUUUGCUGCUUCCUCAUGCCAGCGCUCCGGUCCCUGUCCCGCCUGAGGCCCACCAUGACGCUGGAGGAGGGAAUAGGGCAGGCCAUGCAGGAAUGGCAGCGCAAGAGCAACUUUGACCGGAGGGUCUAUUCUGAGAAGGCAGAAAAGUGA